UCAUUCCAUUUAUGCAUAAAACUCCUUCCAUUUUCGUUUCCCCUCUGCUUCUUCUUCGCUGAAGCUGAAGAAAAAAAUCUGCAGAAACAGUACGGAAAGCUUCGAGAAAGGGCCUAAUUCAAGAGGAUUACGUUAAUUUUGUGUGGCAGUUGAGAAAUGGCGCACAUUCUGCUUCAUGGCACCCUUCAUGUCACCAUUUAUGAGGUGGAUAAGCUUCACUCCGGUGCUCGCAAUUUCUUGAAAUCGUUGGUUGAAAACGUAGAGGAAGCUGUGGGGUUUGGCAGAGGAGUAACGAGGCUGUACGCCACCAUUGAUUUAGAGAAGGCCAGAGUUGGAAGAACAAGAAGACUCGAGAAAGAACAUUCAAAUCCAAAAUGGUACGAAACUUUCCACAUCUACUGUGCUCACAUGGCUUCCAACAUCAUCUUCACUGUCAAAGACGACAAUCCCAUUGGAGCAACCUUAAUCGGCAGAGCAUAUUUGCCUGUCAAAGAGAUCAUAAGCGGUGAAGAAGUUGACCAAUGGGUUCCUAUCUUGGACGAACGCAAGAAGCCGAUUCGUGGAGACCCCAAAAUUCAUGUCAAAUUACAAUACUUCGAUGUCACUAAGGAUCAAAACUGGGGUCGUGGCAUCAAAAGCUCCAAGUUUCCUGGAGUUCCCUACACUUAUUUCUCUCAACGACAAGGUUGUAAGGUAACUUUGUACCAAGAUGCUCAUGUUCCUGACAACUUCAUCCCCAAAAUUCCUCUUGCUGGUGGCAAGUUUUAUGAGCCAAAUAGAUGUUGGGAAGAUAUUUUUGAUGCAAUUAUUAAUGCUAAACACAUGAUUUACAUUACUGGUUGGUCUGUUUACACUGAGAUUUCUCUGGUGAGAGAUAAAAGAAGGCCAAAGCCUGGUGGAGAUAUGAUGCUUGGUGAAUUGCUUAAGAAAAAAGCAAAUGAAGGAGUUAGAGUUCUUUUGCUUGUUUGGAAUGAUACUACUUCUGUGCCUAUCCUGAAGGAGGACGGGCUAAUGGCUACUCAUGAUGAAGAUACUGCUAAGUUCUUUGCUAAUACUGAUGUGCAUUGUGUUCUGUGUCCUCGCAAUCCUGAUGAUGGGGCUAAUGUUAUUCAGGAUAUUGCCGUUGGGACAAUGUUUACUCAUCAUCAAAAGAUUGUUGUUGUGGACAGUGCUUUGCCUAAUGGAGAUCCAAAUCGAAGGAGGAUUGUUAGUUUUGUUGGUGGGAUUGAUCUUUGUGAUGGUAGAUAUGAUACUCCAUUUCAUUCCCUUUUCAGGACUUUGGAUUCAGCCCAUCAUGACGAUUUCCAUCAGCCAAACUUCACCGGUACUUCCAUAAACAAAGGUGGUCCGAGAGAGCCAUGGCACGAUAUCCAUUCCCGCCUUGAAGGACCGGUUGCGUGGGAUGUUUUGUACAACUUUGAGCAGAGGUGGAGGAAGCAAGGUGGAAAAGAUUUGCUUGUGAAAUUAAGGGAGUUGGAUGCCAUCUUCAUCCCUCCAUCACCUAUCAUGUUCCCUGAUGACUUUGAUAGUUGGAAUGCUCAAGUUUUCAGGUCCAUCGAUGGCGGGGCGGCUUUUGGCUUCCCCGACUCGCCCGAAGAAGCAGCCAAAGCUGGACUUAUAAGUGGAAAGGACAAUAUUAUUGAUAGAAGCAUCCAAGAUGCUUACAUUAAUGCCAUUAGAAGAGCAAAGAAUUUCAUAUACAUUGAAAAUCAGUAUUUCCUUGGAAGCUCGUUUGAAUGGAGAGGUACUGAUGUGAAGCCGGAGAUGAUCAAUGCCCUGCAUCUAAUCCCAAAGGAACUUUCACUUAAGAUUGUGAGUAAGAUUGAAGCUCGAGAGCGGUUCACUGUGUACGUCGUCGUCCCGAUGUGGCCGGAAGGAUUCCCAGAGGGGGGAACAGUUCAAGCUAUAUUAGAUUGGCAAAGAAGAACAAUGGAGAUGAUGUAUAAAGAUAUAGCUCUAGCCCUUAGAGUUAAUGGCAUCGAAGAGGAUCCUAGAAACUAUCUGACUUUCUUUUGUGUAGGCAAUCGCGAAGUUAAGAAGCCUGGAGAAUAUGAGCCAUCAGAAUCCCCUGAUGAAAAUUCCAGUUACCUUAGAGCCCAACAAGCCAGGCGCUUCAUGAUUUAUGUUCAUGCCAAGAUGAUGAUCGUUGAUGAUGAAUACAUAAUAGUGGGAUCAGCCAACAUCAACCAAAGAUCAAUGGAUGGUGCAAGGGACUCAGAGAUAGCCAUGGGAGCUUACCAGCCAUUUCAUCUGUCAUCAAGAGAGCCAGCAAGAGGCCAAGUCCAUGGCUUCCGCAUGGCAUUAUGGUUUGAACAUUUAGGAUUACUCCAUGACUCCUUCCUCUUUCCAGAAAGCAUCGAGUGUGUAAGAAAAGUUAACCAACUUGCUGAUAAAUAUUGGGACCUAUACUCAAGUGAAACCUUUGAACACGACCUUCCCGGCCACCUGCUUCGCUACCCGAUCAGCAUCUCCGGUGACGGUGAAAUUACCGAGCUUCCCGGGUUCGAGUUCUUCCCGGAUACUAAGGCGCGAGUCCUAGGUAACAAGUCUAAUUAUCUCCCUCCGAUCCUCACUACUUAAAAGUUACCACUUUUCCUAACUGUUGUAGAAAAGAAAAUGCUGGCUUUCCUGUUCUUUCUCUUCAAGUUCUGCCUUUCCUACUCUGUUGUGAUGGGAACGCAAGAAAUCCUCGUGUUUGUGAAAUGGUUUAAUGUUUAUGAAUGUGAUUGAAGUUGCUUUCUAAUAAAACCUGGGACUUUGUUUGUAA